GGUCAUUAUUAAUUUUAAAUCUAAUGGAAAAUUUUUACAAAUUCAAUGUAAUUAAAUUCAUAAUUAUCAUUCAACGAAAAUGAUUGAAAUUCAAGCCAAACUUUUACGAGGUCCUGUAUAUUUUGUCCAAGAAACAGUCCAAUGUCUAAUCACAUUGAAAAAUAUUCCACGAACAAAUGAGAAUGGUUCAAUACCUAAUGGAAGUAUUAGUAAUCGAAAAAAUAAUGUUGCCAAUAAUUCUGUUGAAAGAAUUUGUUGGGCGAAUGUACAGCUACAUUGUUUCUGUACUGUGGAUGAAUCGCAGAUCGAUUGUCAACGAAUUAUUGACGAAAAUCUUGAUUGUAAAUUAAUAAAUCAUAAUGGAAAUUAUAUGAAAAAUAAGCGAAAUUCAAUUGCUUUCGAAACCUAUUCAUCGAAUGAUACUUCGUUUCAUGAAUCAUUAGUUCGAGGCGAACGUGGCAUCAUCAUUUAUGCAUCCAAACCAAAAAUUUUAUUCUGCGAUCUACAACUUGAACCCCAUCAAAGUCAAACAUUUAUUUACACUGAAACAUUGCCUUCCAAUCUGAACCCUUCAUAUUCCAGUAAUAGAUUGAAAUAUUAUUACAAAUUAAGUAUCGGUGCUCAACGUAUAGGUUCACCAAUUUAUCUAUUAAAAAUACCGAUUCGUAUAUUGACAGUUGAUGGAUUUCCAUCAUUAUCAACAAACAAUGAUCAAUCAAACGGUACAGAAAAUUCGUUGAAUGAAAAUGAUGAUGAUAUUAAAAGUUGUACCAGUACGAAUAAUUCACUGACAUUUGAUGAUGAAUCAAAAGAUCAUGGAACACCAUUCGAUAUUGCAUUACAUCGUAUCGAAUAUCUUGCCGGACAUCGAAUACCUCAUAAUUUUAACAUAACCAGUACGUUUGGAAAAGUGGCCAAAUUUUUUAUAUUUAAAACUGUUUAUCGUCUUGGUGAAGAUAUUAUUGGUUUAUUUGAUUUCACUGAAGGUUUAGUAAAAUGUAUCCGUUAUUCGGUUGUAUUACAAAGUGAAGAAACAAUUGCCGAACAUUAUUCUGUUUCAUCAUCAUCAACGACAACGAAAUCAAGAAUUAAUCUAGCAAAUCAUACACGUUUUCAUGAAUGUUGUUUGAAUAUGGAUCAAUCGCCAAUGAUAUUGUCAAUACCAUUUACACUAACACCAUCAUUUGCAAAUAAUCUAAUUUCACUUAAAUGGAAUCUACAUUUUAGCUUUGUAAUUGAAAAUAAUCAAAAACAACAGAAUUCAACGAUUAAUCUUUGUACAGAAACUGAAGAUGGUAUACAAACAUUGGCACCAAGACAAUUGAAUGUGCAAGUAAUGACAUGGGAUUUUCCAAUUAAAAUCGUAGCUACAUAUCCGGCACAUGUAGCAAAAGGAUUUCAAAUGGCUUCAAUCGGUACAUUAAAUAUUUGAUCGAAAUCUAAAUUCGAUUCAAGUGAUAGCAAUUGACAAUCAUUAUUUUGAUUCUAAUACUUUUUUAUAUUAAAACGCAAGAGAUUUAUAGAUUAUUUUUUUGUGAA